UGUGUGUUAUUUAGCCUUAUUAUAAAUCAUAACACAAACCCAUCUUCUCUCUUGCUUCAUUCUAGCCAGAGAGAGAAAAGCAGGAGAGCUACAGAGAGAGAGAAGCAAUGGCUCCUGUGGUUCUCCUCUUCUUGCUGUUUCCAACAUUGUUAGUGCUUACAGCAGCAUUUUUGGGCCUUAAAUUGGGCCACGAUAAUGGGUGGAAGAAGAAGGGGCUUAAAGUGCCGCCUGGAGAAAUGGGAUGGCCUCUUCUCGGCGAGACCAUCGCCUUCCGCAGGACUCAUCCCUGCACCUCCCUCGGCCAGUACAUGGAAGAACACGUCCAAAAGUACGGUAAGAUCUACAGAUCGCACAUUUUCGGUAACCCGACGAUCAUCUCCGCCGACGCAGAGCUCAACCGGUUCGUGCUGAUGAAUGACAACCGGUUGUUCGAACCGAGCUUCCCGAAGAGCGUGGCUGACAUCCUCGGGAAGACGUCAAUGCUGGUGCUAACCGGCGAGAUGCACCGCUACAUGAAGUCCCUCUCCGUCAACUUCAUGGGCAUCGCCAGGCUUCGCAACAAUUUCCUCGGGGACUCCGAUAAGUACACUAAAUUGAAUCUCAACACUUGGAAGGAGGGUGUGGUUUUCCCGGCUAAAGAAGAGGCUUGUAAGAUUACAUUCAAUUUGAUGGUAAAAAACAUACUGAGCAUGAGACCCGGGGAGCCGGAAACAGAGAGGCUUCGCUUUCUCUACAUGGCCUUCAUGAAGGGUGUGAUUUCUCUUCCUCUUAAUUUCCCGGGGACUGCAUAUAGAAAAGCCAUUCAGUCGAGGGCGACCAUUCUGAAAACAAUCGAGAGGUUGAUGAAGGAAAGAAUUGAACAGAAAGAAGCGGGUACCGAUAAAAUUGGAGAAGGCGAUCUUUUGGGCUUUGUCCUUGAACAGUCUAAUCUCGACGCUGAGCAAUUUGGUGAUUUAUUGCUUGGCCUACUCUUUGGCGGCCAUGAGACUUCUUCUACUGCUAUCACUAUGGUUCUUUAUUUUCUUCACGAUUCCCCGAAAGCUGUUGAACAUCUUAGGGAAGAACAUCUUGAGAUAGUUAGGAAGAAGAAGGCUAGAGGGGAAACUGGGCCAUUGACAUGGGAAGACUACAAACAAAUGGACUUCAGCCAAUGUGUUGUGAGUGAGACUCUCAGGCUUGGGAAUAUUAUCAAGUUUGUGCACAGGAAAGCGGUUACCGAUGUUCAGUUCAAAGGAUAUGACAUUCCUAGUGGGUGGAGCGUGAUUCCAAUAUUUGCAGCUGCCCAUCUUGAUCCAAACGUUUAUGAAAAUCCUCAGAAAUUCGACCCAUGGAGGUGGCAGUCUAUUUCUUCAAGCACUGCGAGGAUUGACAACUACAUGCCAUUUGGUCAAGGGCUUCGAAAUUGCGCAGGCUUAGAACUAGCCAAGAUGGAGAUUGCUGUGUUUCUUCAUCACCUGGUUCUGAACUUCGAUUGGGAGCUUGCAGAACCCGACCAUCCUUUCGCCUACGCAUUCCCCGAGUUUGAGAAGGGACUUCCCAUCAAAGUCCGCAGGAUCUCUCUGGUCAACUGAUCUAUCAAUUGAAUGGUUGAAAGAGGAUUAAUGUAUGUCAAAUUUAGGGAACUUCUAGUGUUCUGCUCUUCUGAGGUUGUUGUUAGCUACUUCUUUCGAUGGUAAUUUCAUUAUGGUUAAAUGUGUUUGUGUUUUGCUGUAAUAAAAAAAUAGUAACAUAUAUGGACGAAGAAUUUGAAAAGUGUGACCCUUGUGGUAACUAAGGUUAGAUUGACAAAAUUUUCUGAA